GUCCUACCGUCCAUUUUGGGAUUUGGAUUUCCCAUCACCGGAUCGUUAUUUUUAUUUUUCCAAACCAGAAAGAGUCCUUCCCUGCACAAUUAUUCUUGCAUCGAUCGAUCGUUCCAAAAGGCUUUUGAGCAAAGCAAGCGAGUCACAACAUGGGCAAAAAACGAAGACUGCCACAACCCGUCACCUCCUCGGUCGAUGAUGAUUCUUCGAAGGUGGGUUUUGAUCGACCGAAUGACGACAACGAAAGAAAAGGCGGGAUACCGCCGCCGUCGUCUUCGUCGGACAACGAGCCGCCGACACGAAACACAGAACAAUUGUAUGCCUCGCACGUAACCUACGACUGCACCAUGAACCGCGAAUGCAUCCCGUGUGCCUAUAAGAUCGGCUGUUUCGAUGUUGCUCUCGACAAAGAGUUUUGCAGGCGAAGACCCAACCAGCGACCCGACCAGUGCCCUCGGAGCAAAGUAGACUACAACACGGCAGCGAACAACAACACCGACACCGACGAUGGAGUGCUUGGAUUCCGCCGCGGAAUGUCGAUCUUGACGGUUGGCGACGGCGACUUUUCGUUCUCCCUGGGCAUAGCACAGAGACUUCUACAACAAAAGAAAUUUUCGAGCGAUGGCAAAGACCAAAAGACAUUUAUUGUUGCAACAAGCUACGAAACCGAGGCAACUCUCAGAAAGGUGUACCCAGAUUUCGACAAGACCCUUCGCCGGUUGGAUGAACUGGGAGUGAUUGUAGCAUAUAGCGUAGAUGCUACUCGCAUUUUCGACACCUUGUCUGUUUCUGCCAAGGGCCGCAUCAAAACCAUAAAGGGCCGCUUUCACAGGAUCUGUUGGAAUUUCCCCUGCACCGCCAUUUCCAACGGACAAGACGGACAGAACAAGGCGAUGGAAGAGAACAAGAACUUGGUUCGGAAAUUCGUGCAAAACGCGCGAUCCAUUUUGACAGGUGGGGGAGAUGGGGAACUGUGUCUCUGUCACAAGACGAAACCGCCCUACAAUCAAUGGAACCUGGAGGAAGUAGCACUUAGCUCGCAAAAGGACGACUGUGACUCGACAACAAAAAGCCCCCCCCUGCUGUUUUACAGUGGGCGCAUUGUCCUCGAUCGAUUCCUCCUUCCUCCAUACACACCGCGAAAAGCGCUCGAUCGAAAGUCCUUCCCCUGCCACGACGCUUGCUUUUACAUUUUCGCCCAGAAGUCUUCGGAUGAGCCGGCAGUGAAGCGGAAAAACCUAUUUUUGCCAACGAUUCCGCACAAAGAACAACCCGCAGCAGGGAACAAGGAAAGCAGACGGGAAAAUAGGACUUCGCAAAUGCUGAUAAAAGUUACUACCGAACUUCUUCAGCUCAUUCGUGAAAGGCACAUAAACGCAACUCCGAGGAAGAAGAGAAAGCGAAAUACGAAGCACACGAAUCGCAGUUUUUGAUUUUCGAGAAGAUCGCAUCAAUGAUAAAAUUUGCUUGAUUGUUUCCAUCUCUCAAUUACAAUUGCAUUUUUUUGUGCCCUAUUUUGGCGUUGGACCACCAUCUUCUAGCCCAAGAGAAAUAAUCUUUUCAUAAAGUUCAAGUGGAAUCGAGAUUCCUUCCGAGGGAGUCUUGAGUCUAUUAGCAUACCGACGCGUAGAAGGCAACCGCGUACCUUCUUCUUCUAAAAUCCUCUCAAAUAGCAUCUCACAAUGCUGUAGGUAGUCAUUCCCACCCGAUGUAACAACGGGAUCAAUUAAGAUAAUAAGUUCUC